GGUUUGACACCUCUAUCCGAUACCCUUUCAAUAAAAAAAUGUUUAAAUAAUUUGUUAUUUAUUUUGAUAAAUGACGCAAAAACGAAUUUUAGACGUGAACACGAAGACUCUGCAACGCAUGUUGGCCAAAACACCUUUCUCGUGACUCACAGCUGCUGUAAUUAUCAGCCAUUUGCUGCUGCUGACACAAUAAGAAGAAGCAAAGGCAGAGGCAGCAACAACAACGACAACAGCAUUUCGACAAAAUUGUUGCGUAUCGUAUUUUUCAUUUCUUUUGGCAGCAGAAGAGACGUAGCAUUUUCGUACAAUCUGAGUGAACAAAUCAUAUGUAUAACUUAUGUCUGAUAAAAGUGCAAAGGAAUCCUGUAUCAGUCGUAGUGCGAGCUGCAGCAGCAGGCGAAAGAGAAGAAAGUGAAUUCGCGCAGCAGGGAGGAGUCGUCACCGAAAGAAAGCAACAAAAAUCUAUUUCCCAUCGCCCCUAGGCGCGCGCAACGUGUUCCGUUUGCGAUUCAACAAAAGAAGUCAAAUAACAGCUGUGUUAAACAAUGUCCCAUGGCGAGGAUGUGCUAGACAAUUGGGAAGAACUUGAUGAGGCGGGGCUAUCUAUGACUCUGCAAACCAAGCUGCAAACAAGCGAGGAAAAGCCCGUAAUCAAAAUGAAACUACUUCAACGCCCGCAGAGCCUCCAGGACAGCAGUGGCAAUCCGAGCAGUGUCGGUGGCGGCAGUCCUGCCCCCAGGCAAAUCACCAUUGCCAAGAAGCCCUCGCCACCCGAGGCCCAGUUAGAUGGCGAACCAGUCAUGAUGGUGCUGCAUAAGUCGACAAACGACUAUGAUCCGGCUACCUAUGCCACGCCCACCAUCAAUCAGACCGUGAAAAUCCUGCGGCGCCCCGCCCAGGCUGAAGAGCGACGGGAUACGAAUGGCAUGAAACCCAAGCAGCCCAUUAAGACGCUAAAGCAGCGCGAGCAGGAAUAUGCGGAGGCCAGAUUGCGUAUUCUGGGUGCGGCCAAGAAUCCCGAGGAUGAUAAGCCACCAACGCCCCCAACACCACCCGGUGGUAGCCUUUUGGCCACGCCACAGACGGCUCCACCCGCGGGAACCCACUCAACACUACCUGCUGUCAGCUACAACAAUAACAACAAUAAUAACAAUAGUAAUCCUGGUCCAGGUCCUGGAAUGCAUCGCUCUAGUUCGGCCCCGAAGAUGUCCCAAGUGUCGGCAAUGUACAAUAACUACAAUAGCUACUUCCAAGGGCCACACAAUCCGGGCCUGAACUAUUAUUACCAGCAUGCCGGACCACUGCCACCACAGCAGCAGCCGCCAGUCAUGCAGCCGCAUUUCAAUCAACGCAUGCCACCGUAUGGGGUGGGAGGGGGUAUGGGCAUGGGUGGAAUGCCAGCCCAAUCUCCGCCACAGUCAUCGCUCAAUCAGCAGCAGCAGCAGCAGAGUUGGUCGCCCGUGGUCGGAGGAAGUGUAUCCGCUGCCCUGUUGCGCCAGCAGUCAAUGCAGCAGUCGCCACAGCAGCACCAGCAACAGCAUCAGCCGCCGCAAACCUACAAUGACAACGUCUUGCGCCUUCCGAGGGGACCCUGCCCGAAUGGUUCGGUUGGCUUUCAGAUGCGCCGGUAACAGAUUGCAGCAGCAGCAAAAGGAGCGAUGGGAUGUGGUUCUAAUAUAUUUCAAUAAAUUCUACUCAUCGUGGUGUAUAGAUUCCGAAAUUGUGUAAGCAGAAAUUCAAGUGCGAGCGUUUCCAAUCUGAGAUUUAUAUGUCGUCAUGCAUGUGUGGACCCUGUGGUUCGCCCGCAGGCGAAGCAAGCAUCAAACAAAAACAAAAAACUAUGUAAAACAAAUUUUAUGACGAAGUAUGGAAGAUAUUUUAUAAACUUACAACUCACCCAAAACCCACAAUUUUUGUAUAAUGUCAUACUAAUAAAAGCAAACCCUUA